CUGUAUAUAGCCCAAGAGUUUAUGCCAUUUUCAUUUCUGGCAUAGCAGGGGAAAUUGUACCCUCUAUGUGGGCCUUGAUAAAUCAUUUAAGCCAGAUUUGUAAAACAUCUUUAAGGACUAAUUCUACGCCAGAAGUUCCACCUUGUGUGUGUUACACCCCUCUGCAGCCAAUAAAUAGUGGCAAAUUAAUGUGAUUUGACGUGACAGUAAGUGUUAUAACAAAGAUGGAGAAUGCGUCUUGAAAGCCAACGAUUCCUUUAAACAACUGUGGAGGCAAGCUGAUGUCGACGGUGUUUUACAGAAAAGGGCAGCACAUGUCUGGUUUUGGAAGAAUCUGGAAUGUCCCUCCUCCUGAGCCUGUGCCAGCUUCUUUUACCCCUUCCCUGCGCCCCUCCCCUGACACGUACCACUUGACAGUUCCUAAUAUAGUUCCCAACUGCUUUGUAGGAAAGGGUAACAAACGGAGCGGAGUCACCAACAUUUUGAGCGUGCUGCUUUGAAAACAACUUUUUCAUGGACACACAACAGAAUCAUGGAGCCUCCCUCACAGGUGUCAUUCCCAGAAAAGAAGCAGGAAAUACAGAAACAAGACGCCGAUGCCACGGUCUACAUGAAUUUCAUGAAAAGUCACUGCUGCUAUGACGCCAUUCCAACCAGCUGUAAACUGGUUAUAUUUGAUACCACACUACAAGUGAAAAAGGCCUUUUUUGCACUGGUGGCAAAUAGCUUGAGGGCUGCGCCUUUAUGGGACAGCAAGUUACAGAGAUUUGUAGGUAUGCUGACUAUUACAGAUUUCAUCAACAUCCUCCAUUGCUAUUACAAGUCCCCUAUGGUUCAAAUGUAUGAGCUGGAGAGCCACAAGAUUGAGACAUGGAGAGAUGUCUACUUACAGUCUUCCAAUCACUUCCUCAUUAGUAUUUCUCCUGCAGCCAGCCUCUUUGAUGCCAUCUAUUCCUUACUUAAAUAUAAGAUCCACAGGCUGCCAGUCAUCGACCCCGAGUCUGGAAAUGUCUUGCACAUUCUGACCCACAAAAGAAUCCUAAAGUUCCUCCAUAUAUUUGGAAAAAGAGUUCCCAAGCCUGCAUUCAUUCGAAGGCAGAUCCAGGAGCUUGGGAUCGGAACUUUCAGGAACAUCGCCACUGUUCAGCAAACAGCAACGCUUUACGAUGCCCUCUCCAUUUUUGUGGAAAGGCGGGUGUCUGCACUGCCUGUGGUGGACGAACAAGGCAAAGUGGUGGCACUCUACUCUAGAUUUGAUGUGAUUAAUCUAGCAGCCCAGAAGACUUACAACAAUCUGGACAUGACUAUGCAGGAGGCCAUUCGCAGACGCGGAUGUUUUGUUGAGGGAGUAAUCAAGUGCUAUCCCGAUGAAACCUUGGAAACCAUCAUAAACCGUAUAGUCAAAGCUGAGGUCCAUCGGCUGGUCCUGGUGGACAGGGCUGACGUGGUGAAGGGCAUCAUGUCUCUGUCUGAUCUGCUGCAGGCCAUGGUCUUAACCCCUGCAGGUAUUGACGCCCUUUUGUCCUAGCACCAGGGGACAGAGGGUACCCUUCCCUCCUUUACCACCUGUGUAGGCUUGAGUCCUGGCCAGUGUGCCCAGCCAGGUAGACUCUGGAGCCCAUCCCGCCCACAACAACCCCCUCCCACGCACCCAGAGGCCUUGACCCCACAUGUCAGCUUUUCGUGUGUUUCUCAGCGCAAUUUUAAAAAAACAUGCUGCUUUCACAUUCGCUCCACUGUUAUGUGCAAAUGACCAAAUCUUGCACACAAACCCACAGACAUGCAUGUGGUCUCACUCACACAACCCCGGCUGCUUGACUGAUGCUUUGCAAGCACGGAUCAUGUAGAUUUUGUGAGGAUACUCAUGAUAGUUGCUGGGUAGAAUCAUAGUAGCUUUUGCUUAUGUCUUUCAGGAAUCAACUUGUGACUCAAAUGAAAGAUCACAAGUGGAAGAAAAAUUCCCUGGGUGUGCUGCUGUUUACAUUAAGAUGCCUUCCCUGAUUUAUGUGCUGUAUUCAAGUACCAAUGGACAGUGAG